AUGGCAGCAGCGACUUUCAGACCGCUGCUCACAUGCAGUUUCGAAACAGAGCUGCCAAUAAACAGCAUUGCCAGGUCCAACCCCUCGUUGUCCACAAACCGACGCCGGUACGAGUCGAACCGGCCAAGAUAUCCGAGCGUCAGCAAACAGUUCUCAAGGAACUCUGUGGCCUCUGACCCGGAAACUAGCGUCUUGCGGAACUUGGACCAAACCACCAUUAAAAGUUCCACCAGGUCUUCGUCCGUGGUGGCCUCAAAAUCACGGAUCUCCUCCUCCGUCCGACCCACAAGAAGCUCGCUCACAUACUCGCUGCAAUACUGCGCAACACGGUCCACUUUCGCGGCGCUGGCCCCGGCAACAAGUCCCAGCACACCUGUGUUGAGUUUCUGGCUGUGCAGAAAAUCGAUCUCUUGGUACUCCACCAACGCAAUGGCAAGCCCCAAACACAGCGUGGAGUACUGCUCGUACAAUUCGGGCUCCUCGCGCAAAUCGUCCAAUUGGCCCAAAAACGAACCGAGAACGUCGGCUAACUUGCACUCCACGAAAACCUGCACCAGGGCCUUUUUUCCCUCGUCUCGGUCCUCCUCCACGAGAUCCGCCAAGAUAAUCAAAACCUGUUCGCGAACGUCAAUGUUCGGAUGA